AUGGCUGGAGCUUCAAAGAUAGCGAUUGGAGCGCGCUCGUCUGUGGCGGAUCUGGAGCCCGAGAUCAAGAAGGCUGCUGCCGAAGCUGGUAGGCCCGAGCCGCAAGUUUUAGCCCUUGAACUGGACGUAUCAUCCGAGGACUCGGUUCGUAAAGCUGCUGAGGUUAUUGGCACCUCCUUCGGAGACAGCUUGGAUGUGCUCAUCAACAAUGCCGGCUACCUCGAGACAUGGCUGCCUGUCGCAGAAUCUAAUCCAUUGGACUGGUGGCGGUCAUGGGAGGUGAACAUCAAGGGCACUUAUCUGUGCUGCCGAUACAUGCUGCCUCUUCUGUUAAAAUCAGAAGGCAAGACGUUGAUCAAUGUCACGAGCGCCGGUGCGCACAACAUGUCACCUGGCGCUAGCGCAUACCAGACAUCGCGCUUUGCGACCUGCCGGUUUACGGAGUUUGUGCACCACGAGUACAGUGACCAGGGACUUGUGGCAAUUGCGAUCCACCCUGGAGGCAUCAAGACGGAACUGGCGCUGAACAUGCCCAAGGCCAUGCAUGCCAUCCUGAUAGAUGAAGUGGAGUUGCCGGCGGAUAUGAUGGUCUGGCUGAGCAAGGAGCCACGAGAGUGGCUGAGCGGCCGGUUCGUGAGUUGCUGUUGGGAUGUCAACGAGCUUGAGGGGCGGAAGAAGGAGAUCGUCGAGAAUGAUUUGCUCAAAUUCAGGAUGAAGGUCUGA